CAGGGGCGGCGGGCUCUGGCGGGACGCUCCAGCGGCGGGCCCUGGCCCCCUCCUGCUCCGCCGGGCUCCCUGCUCCCAGCGCUGCUGCCGGGAGGGCCGCGCUCCACCGUCCCGGAGACCGGCGGAGCAGCAGGCGGCCGGAGACCAGGGAGGUGCCGGUGUGCCGCCGCCGGGGCGGAGGGCGGUGCCGUGGGCGGCAGGGGGAGCCGUGCGAUUGGCCUUCGCCCGGCGGCUAGCUUGUCAGUUGGGCUCCAGGGGUGGCCCCGAGAGCCUCUCGCCCAGCCCUCUGACGGGAUGAAGCCUUUAGGGGGAUGCGGCGCUCUUUGCAUUUUGAUUAAAGCCCCUCUUCUGCCGUCAGUCUGAAGGCAGGGCACCAGGGAGGACGGGGUGGUGGGGCCUGCGCAAGGCCGGACAGACAGAGAGGGAGGGAGGUGAGAGCGAGGAAACGCCUUUUGGUACAUCACAUAUGGCUCUAUAGGAGAAAUCGUCUCUGGGAACGUAGUGGAAAGGACAGAGCUGGUAUAAACUGAAGGCGCCCGGGUUUAGUUCGCACUUGUGGGUGCCCAGCAUGGAGAUGCAGAGAUGGUCCACAAGGUGGAAAACGAGAAGGUGGCCCUGGGACUCAGCCGUAACCGUGCUCAUCACCUUCACUAUCUUUCUUCGGGCUUCAGAGGUCAAGGGAGCUGAACCUGUUGAUGUGCUAAAAGCGUUAGAAUUUCACAGUUCUCCAGAAGGAAUCUCAAGAACAGCAGGAUUUUGUACAAACAGAAGGGAUUCAAAAGGAUCAGAUGUCGCCUACAGGGUCUCAAAAACUGCACAGCUGAGUGCCCCAACAAAGCAGCUGUACCCAGGAGGAAAUUUUCCAGAGGACUUUUCAAUUCUAAUGACAGUAAAACCUAAAAAAGGUAUCCAGUCCUUCCUCUUGUCUGUCUACAAUGAGCAAGGAAUUCAGCAAGUUGGUGUUGAAGUUGGUAGAUCCCCUGUGUUCCUGUUUGAAGACCAACAUGGUAAACCUGCCCCAGAAGACUAUCCUCUUUUCAGAACAGUCAACAUUGCUGAUGGCAAGUGGCAUCGAGUAGCUAUUAGUGUGGAAAAAAAAAGCGUUACCAUGAUUGUUGACUGCAACAAAAAGACUACAAAACCACUUCCAAGAAGUGACAGAUCAGUUGUGGACACCAAUGGCAUCACUGUCUUUGGAACCAGGAUUCUGGAUGAAGAAGUUUUUGAGGGUGAGAUCCAACAGCUGCUGAUUAUAGCUGACCCCAGAGCUGCAUAUGAUUAUUGUGAGCAUUACAGCCCUGACUGUGAUUCCCCAGUGCCCAAUGCUGCUCAGGCCCAGGAUCCUCAAGUUGAUGAGAAAAAGAAAGCCACGGUCACAAAGAAGAAGAGGACAGUGGCCACUAGCUCAAAGGACAAACUCCAAAAGGCCACAACCAAAAAAACUGAAAAAUAUGCAGCCAAGAAGAAGAAAAGUUAUCAAGCAACAACAAAAGCCAAACUAGGGGUAAAGGCAAAUGCUGUUGAUGGAUUUCAAGAGUACAGCAUAGCUGAAGGUGACUAUGGGCCCCAGACGGAAGCUCCUUACAGAACUACUGAAGCAAAUGAGCAAAACCCUGUUGAAGAAGUGUUUGCUGAAGAAUACCUAACUGGAGAGGAUUAUGAUAAAAAAACUGAGGACACUGAAUAUGGAAACAGAGGAGUAGACAUCAGUGAAUCUGAUCUGCUGGUAGAUGGAGAUUUAGGCGAAUAUGAUUUUUAUGAAUAUAAAGAAUAUGAAGAGAAACCAACUGAUCCCACUAAUGAGGAGUUUGGUCCAGGGGUUCCUGCAGAGACCGAUAUCACAGAAGCCAGCGUGACUGGACAUGGGGCUUAUGGAGAAAAAGGCCAAAAGGGAGAGCCAGCGGUGAUUGAACCGGGCAUGCUUAUUGAAGGACCUCCAGGACCAAGAGGACCUGCUGGCCUUACAGGUCCCCCGGGUCUACAAGGUCCUGUUGGUCCUCCAGGUGACCCUGGUGAAAGGGGUCCACCUGGUCGUCCUGGUCUCCCUGGUGCUGAUGGUUUAGCAGGUCCCCCGGGUACCAUGCUUAUGUUGCCGUUCCGCUUUGGUGGAGAUGGUGAGAAGGGCCCAAUGAUCUCGGCUCAGGAAGCUCAAGCACAAGCUAUUCUUCAGCAAGCUAGGAUCGCUAUGAGGGGUCCACCUGGUCCCAUGGGACUCACUGGCAGACCAGGUCCUGUGGGUGGACCUGGAGCAGCAGGUGCUAAGGGUGAGAGUGGUGAACCAGGUCCCCAGGGUCCCCGUGGCGUUCAAGGCGCCCCUGGUCCAAGCGGAAAAGCUGGGAAGAGGGGACGUCCUGGAGCCGAUGGUGCCAGAGGAAUGCCAGGAGAGCCUGGUGCAAAGGGUGACAGAGGAUUUGAUGGCCUCCCUGGCCUCCCUGGUGACAAAGGUAACAGGGGAGACCGUGGCCCGCAGGGACCCCCUGGCUUACCUGGUGAAGAUGGAUCAAGAGGAGAAGAUGGGGAAGUUGGACCAAGAGGUCUUCCAGGUGAAGCUGGACCACGGGGAUUACUUGGCCCCAGAGGCACACCUGGCCCCCCUGGACAGCCUGGCAUUGCAGGUAUUGAUGGACCUUCAGGCCCAAAAGGAAACAUGGGUCCUCAAGGGGAACCAGGACCUCCUGGUCAGCAAGGAAUUCCAGGCCCACAAGGGCUUCCUGGUCCACAAGGUCCUAUUGGACCUCCUGGUGAAAAAGGACCUCAAGGCAAGCCUGGCCUUCCUGGCCUUCCUGGUUCUGAUGGGCCUCCUGGUCAUCCUGGCAAAGAGGGCCAGUCUGGAGAUAAAGGUGCAUUGGGCCCCCCAGGUCCUCAGGGUCCAAUUGGCUAUCCAGGCCCUCGUGGUGUGAAGGGAGCUGAUGGUGUCCGUGGUCUCAAGGGAUCCAAGGGGGAAAAGGGUGAGGAUGGUUUUCCAGGAUUUAAAGGUGACAUGGGCCUUAAAGGUGACCGGGGAGAAAUUGGUCAGCCAGGUCCACGAGGAGAAGAUGGUCCAGAAGGUCCAAAAGGUCGAGCAGGUCCAUCUGGAGAUCCAGGUGCUGCUGGUCCAGCUGGGGAAAAGGGUAAGCUUGGUGUACCAGGAUUGCCAGGAUAUCCAGGAAGGCAAGGUCCAAAGGGCUCAACUGGUUUCCCAGGAUUUCCAGGUGCCAAUGGAGAGAAAGGCGCAAGGGGAAUCCAUGGCAAACCUGGCCCCAGAGGACAGCGAGGCCCAACGGGUCCAAGAGGCUCAAGAGGUCCUAGAGGUCCCACUGGCAAACCAGGACCAAAGGGUACUGCAGGCAACGAUGGUCCUCCCGGCCCACCAGGGGAAAGGGGACCUCAAGGGCCUCAGGGACCUGUUGGAUUCCCCGGCCCAAAGGGACCUCCGGGACCACCUGGAAAAGACGGCUUGCCUGGGCACCCAGGGCAGCGGGGGGAGACUGGUUUUCAAGGCAAAACUGGUCCUCCUGGUCCUGGUGGUGUCGUUGGCCCUCAGGGUCCCACUGGUGAGACUGGCCCAAUUGGUGAAAGAGGUCAUCCAGGUCCUCCUGGUCCACCAGGGGAACAAGGCCUCCCAGGUGCUGCAGGAAAAGAAGGUGCUAAGGGUGAUCCAGGCCCUCAAGGCAUUCCUGGGAAAGAUGGACCAGCAGGUCUUCGUGGUUUCCCUGGAGAGAGAGGCCUUCCAGGUGCUCAGGGUCCAGCUGGUCUGAAAGGAGGGGAAGGCCCACAAGGCCCACCUGGGCCAAUUGGUUCACCAGGGGAACGUGGAGCAGCAGGCACCGCUGGCCCAAUCGGUCUACCAGGUCGUCCCGGACCUCAGGGUCCUCCCGGCCCUGCAGGGGAGAAAGGUGCACCCGGUGAAAAGGGUCCUCAAGGUCCAGCUGGCCGUGAUGGGGUACAGGGUCCUGUAGGUCUUCCAGGUCCUGCUGGUCCUAGUGGUUCUCCUGGAGAAGAUGGUGACAAGGGUGAAAUUGGUGAACCAGGCCAGAAAGGUAGUAAAGGUGACAAGGGUGAAAACGGUCCUCCAGGUCCACCAGGUCUCCAGGGUCCUGUCGGUGCUCCUGGGAUAGCUGGAGGUGAUGGGGAGCCAGGCCCAAGAGGUCAGCAAGGGAUGUUUGGACAAAAAGGUGAUGAAGGUCCUCGAGGCUUCCCUGGCCCUCCAGGCCCUAUUGGCUUACAGGGUCUGCCUGGCCCACCAGGUGAAAAGGGUGAAAACGGCGAUGUGGGCCCAAUGGGUCCACCUGGCCCUCCAGGUCCAAGAGGUCCCCAGGGCCCCAACGGAGCUGAUGGUCCUCAAGGUCCCCCAGGCUCAAUUGGUUCUGUCGGAGGUGUUGGUGAAAAGGGUGAACCUGGAGAAGCUGGUAACCCUGGACCUCCUGGAGAAUCUGGAACCUCUGGUCCAAAAGGUGAAAGGGGAGAAAAAGGUGAAGCUGGUCCACCUGGAGCAGCUGGACCACCAGGUGCAAAAGGACCUCCAGGUGAUGAUGGACCUAAGGGUAACCCAGGCCCAGUUGGUUUUCCUGGAGAUCCUGGUCCCCCUGGGGAGCCUGGUCCAGCUGGUCAAGAUGGUGUUGGUGGAGAGAAGGGUGAAGAUGGUGAUCCUGGUCAACCUGGUCCACCAGGUCCCUCAGGUGAAGCUGGCCCACCUGGUCCACCUGGAAAAAGAGGACCUCCUGGAGCAACUGGUGCUGAAGGCAGACAAGGAGAAAAAGGAGCAAAGGGUGAACCUGGUGCAGAAGGGGCCCCUGGAAAAACAGGACCAGUGGGUCCACAGGGACCUGCAGGAAAACCUGGCCCAGAGGGUCUCCGGGGCAUUCCUGGCCCAGUGGGAGAACAAGGCCUUCCUGGAGCACCAGGUCAGGAUGGCCCCCCUGGGCCUCUGGGUCCACCUGGCUUGCCUGGCCUGAAAGGAGAUCCAGGUUCCAAAGGAGAGAAGGGACAUCCUGGGCUGAUUGGUCUGAUUGGACCUCCAGGAGAACAGGGUGAAAAGGGUGACAGAGGUCUUCCUGGCCCACAGGGAUCCCCUGGUGCCAAGGGUGAUGCAGGAAUUUCUGGUCCUGCUGGUCCACUUGGACCCCCUGGUCCUCCUGGUUUACCUGGUCCCCAAGGUCCAAAAGGUUCCAAAGGAUCCAGUGGUCCUGCUGGUCAGAAGGGUGACAGUGGCUUACCUGGUCCACCUGGUCCUCCAGGCCCCCCAGGUGAGGUAAUUCAGCCACUGCCAAUCCAGUCACCCAAAAAGACAAGAAGAUCUCCUGAUUACAUGGCAGCAGAUGCUGGUGAUAAUAUUCUGGAUUACUCUGAUGGCAUGGAAGAGAUUUUUGGCUCCCUGAAUGCUCUAAAGCAAGACAUUGAGCAUAUGAAGUAUCCAAUGGGCACACAGAAUAACCCAGCUCGAACCUGCAAAGACCUGCAGCUCUGCCACCCAGACUUCCCAGAUGGGGAAUAUUGGAUUGAUCCUAACCAGGGCUGUUCUGGAGACUCCUUCAAAGUAUACUGCAAUUUCACAGCAGGUGGGGAAACUUGCAUCUAUCCAGACAAGAAAUCUGAAGGAGUUAGAAUUUCAUCGUGGCCAAAGGAGAACCCAGGAUCUUGGUUCAGUGAAUUCAAGCGAGGCAAACUGCUUUCCUACUUGGAUGUUGAAGGCAAUUCCAUUAAUACAAUCCAAAUGACAUUCCUUAAACUACUGAGUGCCUCUGCCAGACAAAAUUUCACUUACAACUGUCAUCAGUCUGUAGCUUGGCAUGAUGCAUCAUCUAACAGCUAUGACAAAGCACUAAGGUUCUUAGGAUCCAACGAUGAAGAAAUGUCUUAUGACAAUAAUCCUUACAUCAAAGCUCUUCAUGAUGGCUGUGCUUCGAGAAAGGGCUACGCAAAGACACUGAUCGAAAUCAACACCCCCAAAAUAGACCAAGUGCCUAUCGUCGAUGUGAUGAUCAAUGACUUUGGUGACCAGAACCAGAAGUUUGGAUUUGAGGUCGGUCCUGUCUGCUUCCUGGGUUAAGCUUAAGAGAAAAAUCAGACCAAGAGCAAUGUUGCACUUUGGUGCUACCCACCCACUCGGUGCCACAUGCAAGUUUUGAGGCAGGGCAGCAGAGGAGCGCAGCUCGCUGCGUGCCUGUGCCUCACCCAGAUGGCAGCGCUCACCCCGGCGGGGCCAGAAUCACAUGACUUAAACCCAUUGGCAAGGCUGCUGCGGCACACACCUCAGAGCAGCCCUCUGGAUUCCUUUGGUGCUGAAAAAUCCCAGUGAGAUGGUGCUCCUUCCCUUCCAACACAGAGGUGUUAGUGUGUUGGAUCUCCCCAGCAGCACUGCGCUCUUAGCUCUGGCCGCUUCAAAACUUGCAUGUGUCUCCGAAGGGCAUCUGCCUCUCCUCCUACCGGUACAAGUGACGCUCUCGCUUCGUCUAUGUAUCCUCCAAAAACAAAGGCUGUCGUUGGCACUGCAGCCAACUCCAUUUCUGAUGAGUAAUAAAAUCCCUUUGUAUAUAUUGUUGUUGAAGAGCUUUGUUAUUUGAAGUCGCCAACAACAUUUUAAGGUGGCAAAACUGGAAGAUCUCGACCGGCACACUCCAACAACUCUUCUGCUGAUCUCGCUCUGUGAGGAUGAAUUCCAAUAACAAAAGUGCCUUCAAAGGUGCUGUCUUCCAUGGUGCUAUACCUCAGACUUUGAUGUUUCCUCUUCUAGUUCCAUAAUUUCAGAAGAAACCUGUACAUACCUAAACCAAACAACUCUGUAUUUUGGGGGGAGGGAAAUACAUAAAGAAACACACAACUUGCCUGUAAGAGAUCCGUUCAAAGUCCGGGUGAAAUACAUUACUGGUACAGCUCUCUUCUGGUCUUUUUUGGUUGUUAGCUCAUCUGAAGUUGUUCCCAGUGUGCUUCUUUGUUCUGCAUAAAUAUUAAAACUGGACUCUAAAGCAGUUAUUUAUGAAUUGUUGCAGCGUUUACUUAGAUCUUUGUGUAAGCAAUGGUGGAUGUUUGCAUUCUGAAGUUCCACAGAAUGGUUCCUAUCCACUGUUUGCCUGUCUCAUUAAUAGGGAUUCCCUCUCCCUGUUAUCUCACCUGAAGGCCAGGGAUGCAAUAUGUCUAGGUCAUGUGAUUCUACAAAGUUGCUAAGCAACAUAGGAGGGGACUGCUUCCUACUAAGCUGUCUUUGACCCAAACUCUUACAACUUGGCUGUUCCCAGUCUCACCAAAAAACCCAAAACUGUCAGUUUGGCCUUCCCUCUGAACAUUUUAUUCAGGUAGUUGGAAGUAGAAAUUACAUUUUAGCUUUACAACACAAAGCCUUUUGUAAUUAUUUUCCAUAAUAUAUGUAAGACUUGAAAAGAAAUGUUUGUUUCUAUUUCUUAUAAGUUGUUAAAUUAAAUAGUACUAGUUUCUGCUGCCUCGUUUCCAACUGGUAUGUUCUUAUGCACGUUUAUACCUGUCCAAGUGAGGUUUCGAAAGUCAACUUCUUGCUGUUCAGAUUUUUCCUUUCAUUUUUGAACCAAAGUUUGCAAUUGUCACCUCAAAGAGGAAAAUACAAAUUUUAUUAAUAAAAUCAAGUCUUCUCUA